UGUGUGUGUGUGUGUCUGUCUCUCUCUUUGGACCAGGUUGUGUAGCCCGAGGGGAGGAUCGGAUCCUUUUUUGCGCAGGGAGCUCUUUCCUCUAUACAGCAUUUUACUUCUUUUUGGAGGAGAAUUAUUUCACCUGGCGAGGAGGUGUCAACAGUGCAUUGGGAUGUGGAAAAAAACUGGUGCUUUUUCUUCUCCCCCAGAUGAAGCCCCAAGACCUCCAAAGCUUUGUUGGCAUGACAACUGAGGGCAAUAUGGGGAGGCCAAAGGCAGGGAAGAGAUACCUGAAAUCAUCUGGGUUGGGGGUUUUUUUGGGGGGGGGUUGUUUUUUUGUGUUGCAAGCGUUAGACCCCUUGUUCACUCCCUGUUUAUAGGUAUGUGGUGAUGAGGUAGAUGCCUUGCUGUUUCUGUCGCCACACUAUUUUAAUUCGACUUUCCAACUUGGUAGGAUAUGCUUUCCUCAAUUGGAUUUAGGCGCUUUCAUUGCUGGGGUUAAUGUAGAAGGUCCUGUGCAGAAGGUCCUGGUUUGGGAAACUAGUGUACUGCUAUAUAACUUCUAGCACCUGUUGUCUAGAUUGCAGAAAAGACUACCCUGCUUUGUGGAUGCUUCAGACAUCUAAAAGAGAAAGAUAUAUUGUUUGAUCUGAAUUGUUUGGCUUUUGUGUAGUUGCAUGAAUUGACCACCUGGGUAGUCCCUUAUACUGAAAUUUGUGUGUCUUUGUUUCUCUUUGCUGUUCCUUUAAUGAACAGUUUACUGUUUUUCUGGUCUAUGUUUCUGACAAUUUCCAGAGAGGCUGUUGUGUUACGCUGUUGGGUCAGACAAGAAUAUUUUGACAUCUUAGAGACAAAUACAUUUACUAAAACUUUGGCUUCAGUAGCAUGGAAUCUACUUAAUCUUGAUUCUUCUAUUUACAGAAUCAUAGAAUUCUGGAGGGGAGGAGUAUUUGACUUUGUCUUAUGAUAAGGAUUUAUACACUAGAAUUAUUCUUAAUGGAGAAUUCAGAAUCUAUUGACCUUAAGCAGUUUUUUGAAUUACAUUUUUCACACAUAUAUUACGUGUUUUUUGAAAAUUUUGUGACUAUUGAAAUAAGUCUGAAACAGAAAGGUCACAAAUCUCAAAGGGAAGAAUUAGAUGCUAUACUUUUUAUUUUUGAGAAAAUUUUACAACUUCUUCCAGAAAGAAUUCACCAGAGAUGGCAAUUUCACAGUAUUGGCUUAAUUUUAAAGAAAUUACUUCACACAGGGAAUUCUUUAAAGAUUCGUCGUGAAGGUGUCCGUCUCUUCCUCUUAUGGUUGCAAGCACUUCAAAAUAAUUGUAGUAAAGAACAGUUGUGUAUGUUUUCUUGUUUAAUCCCUGGAUUUCCACCACCACAGUCUGAACAUGGUCCUCAGACACUAGAUAAUCUUAUAAACCCUGUGCUAAAUGUACAAGAAACACAAGUGACUGUAGAAGAAAUUACUCCACUUGUCCCUCCACAGUCAGGAGAUAAAGGACAGGAUGAUCUAACAAGCUAUUUUUUAGAAGCACUUUUAAAAUACUUAGUAAUUCAGGUCAAAAGUCUGGAAUGGAAGAACAGAGAAAAUCAAGAAAAGGGAUUUUCAUUCUUAUUUUCACAUUUUAAGAAAUAUUACUUGCCUUAUAUUUUCCCAAAUAUGUGUAAGGAAAACAGCUUGUAUAACCCAGUUCUCGAUAUGCCUCAGAUGAGACCAAAGCCACAUUAUAUAAUCAUGAAGAAAGAUGCUGAAACAAACGAAAUAGUAUAUUGCACAAAGGAACCUUUCCUUAAAGCUCGUGUUAUUGUCAUCAGAUGGUUGGUGUCUUUCUGGCUUGAACCAAAACCUCUUGCAGGACCUCAGAUUCCUGGAAUGGAAGGGGAAAUUGUGCCAAAGAACAUUCAGAGAGCAGCUGCUACCUUGGCAUCCAGAGAAGACAGCAAAAGUGAUGCCACUGAUAGAUCUGAUAGAAAUCCAGAAACUGAACAAUCUCAUUCUAACACAAGCACACUGACUGAAAGAGAACCUAGUUCCUCCAGCCUUUGCAGUAUUGAUGAGGAGCAUCUUACAGACAUCGAAAUAGUCCGAAAAGUUUUUUCUUCUAAAAGGAGUAAUGUUAACUUUCUCACAGAAAUAUUUCGUCAGGCAUUUUUAUUGCCAAUAUGUGAAGCAGCAGCGAUGAGGAAAGUAGUUAAAGUAUAUCAAGAAUGGAUCCAACAAGAGGAAAAGCCAUUAUUUAUGAAAGAACCAGAAGAAAUUGUUAUAUCUUUGAACAUAGAUAGUGAUGAAAAUAUUGCAGAACAUAAUUCAUCAGAGAAAGGAAAAGAAAGAGAGGAGGAAAGUACAGGUACUUCCUGUCCUAUUCGAAAUUCAAACUGGACAAGAAAUGGUUGUUAUCAGGAAGUUCCCUAUAAAACAUCUGAGUUGGACAACCUGGAACAAGGUAUACGAGCUGGAAUACAAGCAGUACUACAAGUAUUUAUAACAAAUUCCUCAAAUAUAUUUCUUCUUGAGCCAGCAAAUGAGAUUAAAAGUUUGUUAGAUGAGCAUACAGAUAUGUGUAAACGCAUUCUUAAUAUCUACCGCUACAUGGUGGUACAAGUGACAAUGGACAAGAAAACUUGGGAACAGAUGCUGCUUGUGCUGCUCCGAGUAACAGAAUCAGUAUUGAAAAUACCAUCUCAAAUUUUUCUACAGUAUCAAGGAAGAAAGAAUUUAACUUUAGCAGGAAGACUUGCUGGUCCUCUUUUUCAGACUCUUAUUGUAGCUUGGAUCAAAGCAAAUUUAAAUGUGUACAUUUCCCGAGAACUUUGGGAUGACCUUUUAGCAGUAUUGUCAUCACUGACAUAUUGGGAAGAGUUGGCCACAGAGUGGUCAUUAACUAUGGAAACUCUGACCAAAGUAUUGGCUAGAAACCUCUACAGCUUGGACCUCAGUGAUCUACCACUUGACAAAUUAAGUGAGCAGAAACAAAAAAAGCAUAAGGGCAAAGGUAUUGGACAUGAGUUUCAAAAAGCAUCUGUGGACAAAUCAUUUUCGAAAGGCUGGAGCCGUGAUCAACCUGGGCAGGCCCCAAUGAGACAGCGCAGUGCAACAACUACGGGAUCUCCAGGAACAGAAAAGGCCAGAAGCAUAGUGCGACAGAAAACAGUUGCCAUGAGAAGCCGAUCCAUUGGUGAAUGUGCUCUGCCAUCGGCCUAUAUACGCAGUGCUAAAAGUGCUCCUGUCCUGAUCCAUACUUCCAAACCCUUCUUGCCUGAUAUUGUUCUCACUCCCCUUUCUGAUGAGCUUUCAGACAUUGAUGAUGCUCAAAUCCUCCCACGUCCACCUCGCAUCAGACAUUUUUCACAAAGCGAAGAAACUCCUAGUGAAGUUUUUGAUGCACUGAAUGAGGAGCAGCCACUUCCAAGAAGUAGCAGCACAUCUGAUAUACUGGAACCAUUCACUGUUGAGCGAGUCAAAGGUGCAGUUCCUGUCAUUGACGGUUCAUCCCAUCAUGCUCCAAGCUUACAGAGUUCCACAGAGGCCUCUUCAAUAUGUAGAUCCACUGAAAGUCACAUUACUGAUACAAAUAGCAGAGAGUCCUCUCUGGAAGUUGGGGAUAGUAUUUAUGAUCAUCUUUGUCAGUUGGUAGGCCCAGUAGAACUUGCAGAUGCAGCCUUUGAACAAAACGAGUAUGUUGACCUUGAAGGUGAAGAUGAUCUUCUUUCAUCUCUGAGAGAAUAUCUUAAAGAAAAAGAAGAAUUUUUCACUAGCAUUGAGAUAGAUAAGCAUGAGUCUUCUCCUCAUGAAUUUGUUGCAGGAAUAAGUAGGAGUGAUAACUUGCCAUUGGAUGAAGUAGAGUGUACAGACCAGACUGUUGCAAGUAGCACUGUUGUUGCAGAAAAUACCAAUAAUACAGAACUACAAUUGGAACAAAAUCAAACUGGCUUUAUAAGUAAUAUUGCACCUACACAAGUAGAUACUUCUACAAGAAACCAAGCUGAUAAUGCUAAACAAUUAAAUAUUGAUAAACACACCCAAAAUCUGCUUGAUCCCAGGUCAAGUAUUCCUAUUGACAAGGAAAGAAAGAGAUAUUUGUACAGACAAAUUGCCACUGAUGUAGAUGUAUCUGUGGAAACAAUAUUAGCUGAAAAACAUAAGAGUGCCCUCUUUAAUGAAAAAAUAACCAACACAAGUGUUAUGCAUGCAAAGAAAAUGCCACAUAAAGCCUUAGUUAACCCUGAAAUGCUUCAACUUACAGGCAUGAGCAAAGUGACACCAACUAAGAGAAGUAUAUCUGAAACAGUAACUCAUAAGGCUAAAAUCAUGAAAAUAGCAACUAAAAAGCGCAACAGUGUCCAUGUUACUUUUAGGCCAUCUACUGAAUGUGUUCAGUUUUAUAAUCCUCUAGAAAACAAAGAGGCCCCAUGGAAAGCAAGACUGCGUAAACUCAGUGGUUUCAGUAGUGGGAUCAAUAGCAGCAGCAGCAAUACAAGCACAAGCACAAGCACAAGUACCAGCUCAUCCUCUGGGGCUGUGCUGGUCAGACCUGGAAUCUAUAGGCACCUAGAUGCAGUCAGUGCAACGUCUGCUAAUAAUAAGCAGAAUAAAGAAUCAGGAGAUGUUCCAGCAUUCCCGCUGCAGAAGGAAAGUGUUGGAAUAAAUCAAAUGUCUAAUCGUAGCCCACCUAAACCAUCAAGUCAGGAGUCGGGACAACAGCAGGGCUCCCUGGGUGGUGUGUAUAAAUCUGUUGUACAUGCUCUUUCGAAGCCGAAGGCAAAUGUUUCCCCACAGAGGCAGAGCAGAGUGCCAGCAGAGGCUCCACUGAGGGAUCUGUACAGUCAUGUAAUGGGCUAUUUUGGAAAGAAAGCUGCAGUCAUUCAUUUGCUUUUAGCCAAUAGGGAGGAUAUGAGCCAAAAGCAGAUCUCUCUUGGUAAUGAUAAUGGCAGUAGUAAUGCAAAUAUUCCUGACCUCAUGGAUGAGUUUAUAGCUGAAAGACUACGCAGUGGUAGCUCUUUGAAUGUGGCAAGAAGAGGAAGCAGUCCAGGAAGUUUAGAAGUACCAAAAGAUCUUCCUGAUAUACUGAACAAGCAGAAUCAAAUGCGUCCUGUUGAUGAUCCCGGUGUACCUUCUGAAUGGACGUCUCCUGCCAGUGCAGGCAGCAGUGACCUUGUCAGUUCUGACAGCCACUCUGAUUCCUUCAGUGCAUUCCAGUAUGAUGGCCAUAAAUUUGAAAAUUUCAGUUUAUGCCCUGAAGGUGGCACAACAACUUCUGCUGAAUCUGAUACAGGUUCCGGCCCUCAGCAGAGUGCUGAAGAACAAGAAGUGGCUAGUUUGACUACCCUCCACAUUGAUUCUGAGACGAGCAGUCUCAAUCAACAAGCACUAUCUGCCGAAGCAGCUACAAUUACAGGUUCCGAAAGUGCUUCACCAGUUCAGUCUGCUCUUGGAUCACGGUCCCAGACUCCAUCACCUGCUACUUUGAGUGCAGAUCACAAUGAACAAAAGGACCUGCAAUUGGAUGAGAAGCUCCAUCACUCUGUUUUACAGACACCGGAUGAUCUAGAAACCAGUGAUUUCCCAUCUGAAUGUUGCAGUGUGAUGGCAGGAGGAACCCUGACUGGCUGGCAUGCAGAUGUAGCAACUGUAAUGUGGAGACGGAUGCUAGGAAUUUUAGGAGAUGUCAAUUGCAUUAUGGACCCUGAAAUACAUGCUCAGGUUUUUGAUUACCUUUGUGAACUCUGGCAAAAUCUUGCUAAGAUUAGAGAUAAUCUUGGAAUUUCAAUUGAUAAUGUGAUAUCCCCAUCUCCACCAGUCUUAAUUCCUCCAUUGAGAAUUCUUACUCCAUGGCUUUUUAAGGCAACCAUGUUGAGUGACAAGUACAAACAAGGCAAAUUGCAUGCUUAUAAGCUCAUUUGUAAUACAAUGAAGCGAAGACAAGAUGUUUCUCCAAACAAGGACUUUUUAACUCAUUUUUACAAUAUAAUGCAUUGUGGACUGCUUCACGUUGAUCAGGACAUUGUCAAUACAAUCAUAAAGCACUGUUCUCCACAGUUUUUUUCCCUUGGUUUGCCUGGUGCUACCAUGCUGAUAAUGGAUUUCAUUGUAGCUGCUGGCAGAGUAGCAGCAUCAUCUUUUCUCAAUGCACCAAGACUAGAAGCACAAGUUCUCUUAGGCUCUUUGGUGUGUUUACCCAAUUUAUAUUGUGAAUUACCAGCAUUACACCCAAACACUCCAGAUAUCGUUGUGUCUCAGUUUACAGAAGUAAAGCAUCUCAUCGAGAUCACUUCUCCAGAAAAAAAGGAAGGUCUAAGACAGGGAUUCCCAAACUUUUUGGCCCAUGUGCACAUUUUGAAUUUGUGUAGAUGUGGAUACUCUUUUAAAAGGAAUGCCAAAAGGAGCAUGGAACUGGUUAUCAAAACAAUAUUAAGCUCUGCAAAAGAUGAGCCAUCAGGACCUGCAAGAUGUGUUGCUAUUUGUAGCCUUGGCAUUUGGAUCUGUGAAGAACUAGUACAUGAAACCCAUCAUCCUCAGAUCAAGGAAGCUCUGAAUGUAAUCUGUGCUUCAUUGAAAUUUCCAAAUAAAACAGUUGCACACGUGGCUUGCAAUAUGCUUAAUAUGCUGGUUCAUUACGUGCACAGACUACAAUUGUAUCAGUCUGAUUCACCAUUAAAAAUAAUUCAAAUAUUGAUAGCUACCAUCACUCAUCUCUUGCCCAGUACAGAAGCUUCUUCUUAUGAGCAAGAUAAAAGGCUGGUGGUAUCUCUGCUUCUUUGUUUGUUGGACUGGACCAUGGCAUUGCCACUGCGGACAUUAUUACAGCCUAUUCAUUCUGCAUCAUUUGAAAAUGAUAAAACUGAAAAAUCUGUUCUUAAUUACAUAUAUAAGGUUCUUCAUGGGUGUGUCUAUGGAUCUCAGUGCUUUAGUAACCUGAAGUAUUUUCCAAUGAGCCUGUCUGAUUUAGCAUCUUUGGAUUAUGAUCCUUUUAUGCAUUUGGAAAAUUUAAAAGAACCAGAACCACUCCAUUCACCUGAUUCAGAACGAUCUUCCAAACUCCAACCAGUCACAGAAGUAAAAUCUCAUAUGCAACAAGGACUGAUCUCUGUGGCAGCUCGUACUGUGAUAGCUCAUCUGGUAAACCACUUAGGCCAUUAUCCAAUGAGUGGGGGGCCUGCUAUGCUAACAAGUCAAGUAUGUGAAAAUAAUGACAAUCCUUUCUGCGAGAACCUUGAACUUUCUCCUGAGCUUUUUGAGAACCCCAAUCUCCAGUUCUUUGUAUUAAAUAAUACCACAUUAGUUUCAUGUAUACAGAUAAGAGCCGAAGAGAACAUGCCUGGAGGAGGUUUAUCUGCUGGGCUUGUCUCAGCCAAUUCAAACGUCCGAAUUAUAGUGCGGGAUCUGUCUGGGAAAUAUUCUUGGGAUUCUGCCAUCAUGUAUGGGCCUCCCCCUCUAUGUGGCCUAAGUGAACCAACCACUUUUAUGCUUUCACUGCCCCAUCAAGAGAAAUCAGAAAAUGCCUCAGAACCUCCUGCAUAUACAGAAGAAAUGUAUGUAAAGGAUGGAAUUACUCUUCCACUAAAAAGAAGACUUAGAGACACUGUGCCAACAUGGGAUACAAUAAAGGAUGAAGAAGAUGCCCUUGAUGAGCUUUUGCAAUAUGUGGGAAUCACUAGUCCUGAGUGUUUACAGAGGACAGGUGUGUCUCUCAAUAUACCUGCUCCUCAACCUAUCUGUGUGUCAGAGAAGCAGGAAAAUGAUGUAAUCAAUGCAAUCCUUAAACAGGACACUGAAGAGAGAGAUUUUAUUGAAAAGCACUUCAGUGACUUAAAUAUGAAGGCUAUGGAGCAGGAUGAACCAAUUCCACAAAAGCCCUAUUCGGCAUUUUACUAUUGCAGGUUACUCCUUAGUAUUCUUGGAAUGAAUUCGUGGGAUAAAAGGAGAAGCUUUCAUCUUCUGAAAAAAAAUGAAAAACUACUUCGAGAACUCCGAAAUUUGGAUUCAAGACAAUGCCGAGAGACGCACAAAAUUGCAGUAUUUUAUGUUGCUGAGGGACAAGAAGAUAAACACUCCAUCCUGACUAACACUGGAGGAAGCCAAGCAUAUGAGGAUUUUGUAGCAGGUCUUGGUUGGGAGGUGAACCUAACAAAUCAUUGUGGUUUUAUGGGAGGACUACAGAAAAACAAAAGCACUGGUUUGACCACUCCAUAUUUUGCUACCUCUAUGGUUGAAGUAAUGUUUCAUGUAUCAACCAGAAUGCCUUCUGAUUCAGAUGACUCCCUAACAAAAAAACUUAGGCAUUUAGGAAAUGAUGAAGUUCACAUUGUCUGGUCAGAGCAUACUCGAGACUAUCGAAGAGGAAUCAUUCCUACAGAAUUUGGAGAUGUACUUAUUGUUAUAUAUCCAAUGAAAAAUUACAUGUUCAGUAUUCAGAUUAUGAAAAAACCUGAGGUCCCAUUCUUUGGUCCAUUGUUUGAUGGUGCUAUUGUGAAUGGAAAAAUUCUUCCUAUUAUGGUUCGAGCAACAGCUAUAAAUGCAAGCAGAGCUCUGAAAUCGCUCAUUCCAUUAUACCAAAAUUUCUAUGAGGAAAGAGCUCGGUAUCUCCAAACAAUUAUUCAACAUCACCUAGAUCCUUCAACAUUUGAGGAUUAUGCAUCUCAGGUGUUCUGCCCAGCAUCCUGCCACCAUUUUCCCACAGAAACUGGGCCCUACCCAGAGACUCAGGCGUCCGAAGUUCCAGCAGCAGCGCAGAUGGACAGGUCCGAUCUAGCUUUCCCCAUUUCUCCACGGACUAGCAAGAGUCGUAUGUCCAUGAAAAUGCGACGAUCUUCUGGCUCAGCCUACAAGACUUAGCGACUGGUAAAGCCUCCAGCCUUUUUUAUCAAGACAUAAAUCUCUCCUCUAUGCUGAAUAUUGUUCCUUCAUUCCUCUGCUCUUAUUUUUAUUUUAAAGAAACAUGGAAUUUUAUUUCAAAAUGAAAAUAUUUUAGCUUUUGUGUUAGAAUAUUCAGCUUCCCGCUAAUCAUAGUUUAUCAAUGCAGAGUAUUUCCUGUUUCACUGUUUUAUAUAUAUACUUUUCCUUGUGAGAGGAAACUCUUUUAACAUCUGUGAUUAAUUACUAUCCCUGAAGCCACCCCUGAAGCUGGAAACUGCAGGCAUGUUCCACUCUUAUUUAUUGUAUAACCCUUUCAAAAUAAAAAAUAUGUCAUCUUCAAAGGGAUGCAUGUAUACUUUUCAAACUAAGCGUUCUCUGCAAAUAUCACUAGAAUUCACAGAAUUAUGUACAGUUAUUAUAUUAUAAGAAUAAACCAAGUUAACAGAGACUCUUCCUCAGCUCCAUUAUUCUCAUUCACUGUUGGACAGACUUAACAGCAAGCAUUUACUGUUAAGUAUCAACUUCCUUGCUAAACAUUUGCUUUUCUCUUGGCCCUAUUGGCACAAUCUUUCUCUUCCGAAAGUUGAGAUCGUCCUUUGGUAUACCUGCAUAAGUAUACAUAUGUACAAUCACCUAUUUUCAAGCACUUCGCCACUUCAGUCAUUUGCUUUCAAUCAAGUAAUGUUGGGGGGUGGGAUGGGGGGAGGCUGUGCCCUCAUAAUAGCAAAUAUAUACACAAAUACAUUCCACUCCAAUUUGUCACUACUACUCAGAAAUAUUUUCAUAAUGCAGAAAUUCAACUGUGUUGUUUGCCAUAUUCUGCUUUAACAAAAUGUAGCAUGCCACUGGUACUAACUGCAUGUGUAAAUAUAUGUUCCUCACCUGGGAAACUAUAGAAAUAUAUAUUGAUGUAUUUGUUCGCCAUGUAGUAUAUACAAAUUUGUAAUGGUUGAAGAAAAGACAUGCUAUUUAAUAAUACAAUAAAAUUAUUCUUACCA